UAAUUUCGGAAGAACUGUGUAUAAUUUGGAUUUCUAGAAACAAUAUGUGAUAAAAACACAUAAAAAAACGAUAUCUAAUUACGCCUGUGUUAUCUGAAUAUAAAACAAUGCGGUAUUAUGUAAGAAAAACGAACCGGGGUAGAACUCCUCAAGAACUGAUGCAGACAGCCGCCCAUGCUGUCAUGCAUCAGGGGAAAAGUCUUCGGGCAAUAGCGAAGGCCCUCAACAUCUGCCACGCCACACUCUUCCGGUUCAUAAAGAAACUGAAGUCGGGUGACAACCCUACCGUCGGCUAUAAACCGAAGCUACUCUUCACCGCUUCACAAGAACAAGAAAUCGUGAACCAACUAGCCCAAUACGCUAAAGUUUUCUGCGGAUUAUCUGUAGAUGAAGUCAGAAAACUCUCCUUCCAAUUUGCAAGACGAUGGAAAUAUGUGAUACCUGAGAGUUGGGUCAAAAAUGGUACCGCUAGCAAAGAUUGGGGCGACAAGUUUGUAAAAAGGCACAAUUUGCCUGUGAAGUUGUUGAAAGGAAAGUCGAUGAAGAAUUUCUACACUAUUUUGGACAAAUUAAUGGACAAACAUAAGUUUUUACCGUCAAGAAUUUACUAUUUAGAAGAAAUUACUGUUCCAAUAGCCAAAUAUAUUCACGACACAGGUGUGGCUGACCUAAAACCAGUAUGUAUGGUUAUGGCAGCAAAUGCUUCAGGAGACAUUGUGACUCCGAUGUUUAUGAUGAACAAGGAAGAAUACAAACUGAAAGACAAAUCAAAUAUUUGUGUUGAAAGUAAAACGGAAAUCUCAAACGCCACCGACUCAAGAUACUUAAACCAUUUCAUAAACCGCACUAAACCGUGUGUAGCUGAUCCCGUUCUGUUGCUAAUAGACAACUGCCAAUAUGUUGAUAUGAAUGUUUUAAAGAAAGCUAAACAAAACUCGAUUACACUCCUUUGUAUUCCGAAGAGCGAAGGCUGUAUGAAACCAUUAUUGAAAUUAGCAAAGUUUAUUAAAAAACCUACCCAAAAAGUGUUGUUUGAGCCCGGCUGUGACAUAUCACACAUCGUAUGUGCAAUGAUGCCGUCAAAGAAGGAGAUAGUGAAGUGUUUCAGUGAUAACGGAGUGUGGCCAUUCAAUCCGAGUGUAGUUACCGGUGAAGAAUUUGUACCUGAACCUGUUGAGGUGUAUAAUUUUAAAGUGAACGAGCCGGUCGCGCAGCCUUUGCCUGGUCCGAGCAGAGUUCCGACUACGCAAACCUCGGAAUCCAACGUGUCAUCCAAGCAGCAAGACCCGCUUAGCAGAGGCACCAUCGACCAAUGUCGCUUCUGCGGCGAAUUCACCAAAUGCGUCUCCGUUGCCAACAAGCCAUAUAUCUCCAACAACACCACACUAGCCUUCAACGACAUCACCAUACGACUCGACUUCAACGACGAAACAUUACCUAAGACCGUCUGCCAAGCCUGCGACGCGAAACUAAGAGAGAUGCACGAUUUUGUGAAAGUCGUCAAAGCGGCUCAGGAAUCGCUGAUCAAUGUUGCAGAAACAAGACAAGUCGAAAUAGACCCUAGAGAAGAUUAUGAGACAUUAGUGGUUAAAACUGAAUAUGAUGAUGAUGAAGGAAAAGAUGAUGAUGGUAAUGAUGAAAGUAAAGAUGGAAUAGUAGAUUCUUUGACAAUUGGAGAAACUAUAUUUAUCAAAGAAAAGGUAACUCAAAAAAGGAAAAUUAAGACAGCUCCCAAAAAGCCGAAGAAAGCUAAAGUGACUGAAGUUAAAAGUGAGAAUGAAAAUGAGUUGAUAAUUGAUAUAAAAGAAGAAGUUAUUGAGAGAGACACAAAUGAUAUUGAAAGUGAUACAGGAUGUUUUGUUAGUGAUACAGGAUGCUCUGUAAGUGAUACAGGAUGCUCUGUAAGUGAUACAGGAUGCUCUGUAAGUGAUACAGGAACGGAUGCUAAACCCAGUGAAGUGGAACUUGCAACAAGUGCUUUAGUUUUUGAAAUGAGAGGUGAUGGUAGUGGGUAUGGAUAUAGUUAAAGAAAAAGAUGAAGUGUUUUU